AAUAUGGGUAAACUUGAAGAUGACCUCACUGAACUCAAGAAAUGUUACGAUAAUGAUUUAAUGACUAAGCAAGAGUAUGAUUAUGCUCGUAGACAUAGACUUGACCUCAAAGCAGCAGAUAAAUCAUGGUGGAAAAAUUUCUCAAACGUUACCAUAGUUCUAUAG